GUGGAGCUCUGGGCUGGCCGAAGGAACUUUCCGAGUAUUUUCUAGUGCACAAGCGUUACUGUUGCUUCAUUUGGCAAAAAUGCUGGAAGUUAGUCAGCUGUGACUGCAAGCAGCAAUAAUUCGGCAGCAUGGAUUUUCCCAUAUUUAAUCGUAAGCGGCAACUGUUACUUGGGCACGAUGAUCAGCUUCCACUCUGUCGGAGAAAAUGCUUGAAGGACUGGUCAGACUCAGCUGCACAUCUGGGCAGGCAGAUGAAAAGCAGUUGUUACACCUGGUUGUGUGAAGCAUGUGCAAACAGGAGGAAGAUUGGUCACUUGAAUGCCGCGAAAAGGCUUUUGGAGCUGACACGUACCUGGGCCGACACCGAAAGCUCUGUCCAGAAAGUUUUAGAGCAUCUCAAAACCAAACAAGGCGACAUCUUCCUUGACGACUCGAUGAACAGCAAGUUUUUAACCUUUCACAAAGACAUCACGGAUGAGUACGGCAUGGCAGACAAGCAGCACUCAUGGGCGGUCAUUGAGAAACAGGAGGAGAUCAUCAUUUACGGGCCUUAUUAUCCUGACUACAGCAGCGGAGAACACAGCGAGGACAUCAUCAUUAAACAAACCCAGGAGCUUUUGGAGGCAGAGGACUUUCCUGAACACUGGACGGUGUAUGUUUUCUCCAUGAACAGCCCUUGUUUGGCAAGAAACACUGACCCAUGCAUGCUAAACCUCGUUCACAAGGCCCGGGAUUGGUGGAGCAUGUAUGCAGUGAAAACUCAUAUUGGCUUUGUGAGAAGUUGGGGCUUUAAAGGAAACAAAGAAAAUUUGUUCAAGAAUGUCAAUUACAGACAAAUGGAAAUUAUAAGUCAUUGUGUGGACUAUACGAGCUACAUUGAAUCAGUUGAUAAGAUAGAUGAUCUCAGUCCUUUGUGUGAAACUGUAUUUUCUGUUGCUAAAGACCUGCUGAGAGCUGAGCAACUCAAGUUUCCUUUGAUAUCCACAGAGGAGAAGCAGGAGCAGAAGGCUCACUUUAAAAGUAUGAACUGUAUGCUUGAGUCCAAACAGGAAGACGAGAAAAAACUCCUUACAAAGGAGCUGAACAUGCUGGUGGAAGCAGCUCACCUUCUGCUUUUAGGUGAAAAUCAGAGCUUAGAAGAGCAUAUGGAGAAAGGAAAGGUGUUUUCACUCACUUACACUUUCAGCUCAGAGGUAUGUGAAGGCCUCCGGGAAGAAAUGAGAGUCAGGUUUCAACAGUGCUGGAUGGUGACAGUCCAGGACAGGUGUGCAGAGUUUGUCAGGGAGAAGUUGACUGCUGAGUUUAAUCAACGCACUGUUCAGCUUUUUAUCGAGGACAUUCACAGACUCACACGAUCGUAUUUGCAAAUCGGAAAACUGAAGCUUUAAAAUCCAAAUUCUUUGUAAAACUAAAGGUUUAGAAGGUGAUGGGAAUAGCAGUAGUAAAAACCAUUACAAACCUCAUGCAUCAUUUAUAUUACAUCAAAAGGCUUUCUCUUUAUUACUCUUUGCUUACAAUAUAUCACAAAUAACAAAGUACAAGAUUAUAAUGGAGUGAGGUUUUUACAUAAGCUUAUACACUUCUCAUUCAUGUAAUUACACAUGGCAGUAUCCCACAUUUACACUGGCUGCCUCCAUGCUUGUCAGCAGCAGCAGAUUAAAAAGUAUUCAAACAUACUGUACAAUCUAUCCAACAAUAACAAUAUCGUAAAGGACCUUCAUUUAGAUCAGGAUUCCCACAAACGGUUCAAGUAGGGCUGUUAUUUAAAGACCGCAAGUUUACUGGCUAGUAGAUGCACAUCUGAGCUGAAACCAGCAGAGGGAACUGUGCGCCUGCCAUCAAACCAACAUUCCUAAUACUCUGCAUUUGUACUGGUUAGGUAGUUUAUCUUUAGCAGAAGUGAUUAAGGGAUUAAAGGCCAAUGGGCCAGUGAGGAAGUUGCUCUUCUGGCACUGAGCUAUGGAUCACUUUCACUGAGGUAAUACUUAAUAUGAGGAGUGACAGAUUGCUUAUGAAUUUAAUGGAUAAUUUGUAUUCAUUUAUUUUGCCAUGGUUUGUUUUUCGUGCAUAGAUCUGGAGUGUUUUAUCAUUUCAAACUGAAAUUGUUACUGUGUUUUUAAAGAAGGUUUUCAUGCUGGUUUUGGAUGCUGUGCAUCUUGAUGGAUUCUUGCUUUCACUUCUUUACUUUAGCCUACUUGUUAUGAUGCGUAACCCUAGCAAAGGGGUGGCUUAGCAACCGUUUUCCUAAUAGAUCAGCCAGGGUUUCUACGCAGUCUUAUAAGUCUUGGAAACAAUUAUUUUGUUGUCCUAAUUUCCCAUGCCUGGGUAUGAAAACAUUUUAAGAACAUUUUUGUUUGGUUGUUUUCCUGGACUUUUUCCUUGUUCUAAAGAACAAAAUUUCAUUAAGCAAAUAAAAAAAAAAUAUGCUA